AGAAGACGGCAUACGAAUCGCGUGAUAUUCUUAGAGGAUGACGACGUGGCGGCUGUUAAAGAAGGCGCGCUGAGUAUUCAUCGUCUUCGUCGUUGCAUGGACGAUCCUCACGCUCGCGAGAUCACGACACUGAAGAUGGAGAUUCAACAAAUCAUGAAGGGCAAUUACGACUACUUCAUGCAGAAGGAGAUUUUUGAACAACCGGAAUCGGUGGUGAACACUAUGAGGGGUCGUUUGAAUUUUCAAGAUAACUCAGUCACUUUAGGCGGAAUUAAAGAUUACAUUCCAGAGAUCAAAAGAUGCAGACGUCUUAUGCUAAUCGGUUGCGGUACGAGCUACCAUUCUGCCAUAGCUACGCGACAGCUUCUCGAGGAACUGACAGAAUUGCCUGUGAUGGUUGAGCUCGCAUCCGAUUUUUUGGACCGCAACACGCCAGUCUUUAGAGACGACGUCUGCUUCUUUAUUUCUCAAUCGGGUGAGACGGCUGAUACGUUAAUGGCACUACGUUAUUGUAAAAGUCGUGGAGCUCUUAUUGUUGGUAUAACUAACACAGUCGGAAGUAGUAUCUGUCGUGAAUCUCAUUGUGGGGUGCAUAUCAAUGCUGGUCCCGAGAUCGGUGUAGCAAGUACUAAAGCUUACACCUCGCAAUUCAUCUCUCUCGUCAUGUUUGCACUAGUAAUGAGUGAGGACAGAAUCUCUCUUCGCGCGAGACGUUUACAAAUUAUCGAAGGAUUGAAAAAUCUCGGAAAUCUUAUUCGUGAAGUAUUGAAACUCGAUGAGAAAGUUAAAGAGUUAGCCAAGUCUUUAUUCCAACACAAAUCCCUGUUGAUUAUGGGUCGCGGAUAUAAUUUUGCUACGUGCAUGGAAGGUGCACUCAAAGUAAAAGAAUUGACAUAUAUGCAUAGCGAAGGAAUUAUGGCCGGUGAAUUGAAACAUGGUCCGUUAGCCCUCGUUGACGAUUCCAUGCCGGUAAUUAUGAUCGUAAUGAGAGAUCCAGUGUACGUGGUAAGUUUAAAUGAGUAAGUUUAAUAUUC